AUGGCAUCCGAACUUCAAAGAGCAUUGGCUGAUUCAGCUGUGGAGCGUGAUGUGGAUCGCAUGCUUCGAUCACACGGCUUCCAUCCACCUAAUCCUAUUGAUAUUGCAUCGAUUCCUGUUCCCAACACCGAGGUUGCUAUCAAGACAGCCGAGUACACGCAUAAGGAGCUUGAUGCCACAAUGUGGAAUCAUUCGAACCGAGCCUAUUACUUGGGAGCUGUUGUUGCCACGGAUCAGUUUCCCGACUGGAAGGUAGAUUUGGAUACGUACUACUUGACGGCAUUGUUUCAUGACAUUGGUGUUGCUCCUCGCUAUCAUCUCAGUACCUCCUUAUCCUUUGAAUUCUGGGGCGGCAUUCAUGCAAGAGAAAAAUUGGUUGAAUUUGGUGCGUCACAAUUACAAGCGGAUGAAGUGGCCGAAGCCAUUAUCCGGCACACGGAUUUCGUGCCAGGCCAGAUUCGUAAAGUGGGUCAACUCAUUCAAAUGGGCACCACCAUUGAUGUGAUUGGUCGCAAUCCUGAAUUGUAUCAUGCUGAUACCAUCGAUGCCAUUGUCAAGAAAUACCCCAGACUUGGCUUCAAUUGCCACUUUGCUGAUUUGAUGGAUAAGGAAUGCCUUCAUAAACCAGGCAGUCAUACAAGCGCCGGUGAUGAGAUCAACUUUAUUGAUCGUAUCAGAAACAAUAAGGUGAUGGAAAAGUAUGAUAAUAACAAGUCUACCUUGUAA